AUGACAUCACCAACGCUCAUCUCAAACUUCACACAGGAAUGGGUGGAGAUUAUGCUGAGGUUGCACCUGGAUUUCUUUUUCAUCCCAACCACAGUCAUCACUCUGGCCACCUUGCUGGCCGACCCCGUUCUCCUGACAUGCAUUUUCCUGUCCCGAGCCCUUCGUCAGGAGACACGUUACCUGCUGGUGGCCAACACCCUGGUGGCAGACGUGCUCUUCCUCGUCCUCAACCUGGCCACAGUGAUCUGUAACGCUGUGAGAGCUCAGAUACCCUGGCUGGCCUGUGAGCUGAUGACGGCCGUCACCAUCACCGCCUACUGCUGCGCCAUCCUCACCGUCACCCUCAUGGUGGUGGACACCUACACGGCGGUUCGCUGGCCCCUCCGUUACCAUGACUUGCUUCCACCUGCCCGCACCCACCGCAUAUUACUGGGGGUGUGGGUGCUGGCAGCCAUGUACCCUUUCAGCCUGGUGAUCAUGAUGGAGGUGGAGAGGGGAAAUCCGCACGAAAAGAUGGCUGUGUGUCUGGUCCUCGUCUCCCUUGGCUUCAUACAGGUCAUGAACAAGGCGGGGAUCUACAUCUACUUCUUUGUAGCUGCACUCAUCUGUGCUGCGCUCAUUUUUUUCUGCUACAUUCGGCUCUACAUGGUGACGAGGACCCAGGGCAUCUGGCAGAGCCGCUUCUCCAGGGCCCGGGUCACACUGCUGGCUCAUGGGGUUCUCCUCCUGCUCUACUUUGCCCCCGGCUUUGUUUUCAGCCUGGAGCUCCUCCUGUUCCAGAGGAAAGACAUCAGUCAGGAUGUGCGUGUGUGGAUCAGCACGGUCAAUAUGUGUGUUUUCAUGUUGCUUCCCAGGGCGAUCGCUCCAUACCUGUACGGGCUGAGGUACAGGGAGAUCUCGGACACUCUGAUGCAGCUGCUGCACCAACACGGGAGACUCAGCCAGAUCACAGUUACAUGA